AGGGGAGGGGGAAUAGGACGUCGGCGGCUUGUCCCUCGCCGGCCCUCGUAAGCGACGGAUGCUCCUGUUUUCGGUUUCCCCCUCCUCUCCGGGCCAGUUUCCUGUCAGGAGCGGAUGGCUCGAGCUAGGCCCGGCUUCGAGGCGAAUUCGUGAACAUUAGAAAAGGUGAGAAUGCACCAUGGGAAUGGACCUCAAAACGCACAACGCCAGCUCCAAAGGUCCCGGUCCUUCACCGGCAGCGAGAGCGAAGAUCAGCCGGGAAACCUGCCGCAAUCCCCCGCAGCGUCGUUUGCUCCUUCCACCAAUCCAUCUGCGCCACAGUCUCCUAGUUACCAGAUCCAACAAUUUAUCAUGAGCAGAAGCCCCGUGGCCAGCCAGAACGUGAACAUCACCCUGCAGAAUGUCGGCUCGGUAACGGCAGGGAACCAGCAGAUCACCCUUACCCCUUUGCCCAUCUCAAGCCCGACAUCCCCAAGCUUCCAGUUCAGUCCUCAGCAAAGGAGGUUCGAGCAUGGAUCGCCCUCUUAUAUCCAAGUUACUUCGCCGCUGCCCCCUCAGGUUCAGUCUCAAAGCCCCACGCAGCCCAGCCCCGUGCCAGUUCAGUCCAUUUCUAACGUUCGGACAGGUACCCCGGGGCCUGGCUUGGGCAUGUGCAGCCAGAGCCCGACGCGAGGCUUCGUGGACGCGAGCGUGCUUGUCAGACAGAUCAGCUUGAGCCCUUCGAACGGCGGGCACUUCGUGUAUCAGGAAGGAUCCGGCAUCACCCAAAUCUCUCAAGGCACGGCGGCUCAGGUGCAGCUUUCCUCUCCCGGAGGGCCAGCUGCGGUGAGAGAGCGCAGGCUGUCGCAGCCCCACUCGCAGACCGGAGGCACCAUUCACCAUCUCGGACCGCAGAGCCCCGUCGCUAGCGGGGCAAACAUCCAGCCUUUAUCGAGUCCUGGUCACAUUACAACAAAUAACCUGCCGCCGCAAAUUAGCAACAUAAUCCAAGGCAUGCAACAGCAACAGCAGGUCCUGCAAGGGCAGCAGUUGAGCAGACCCUUGGGAUAUGACAGGACUCCUGGGAGUCUGAUCGCCGGCGUGGGAGGACCGCCCACGUUUGGGAUGACCUCACCGCCCCCUCCCACCAGCCCUUCCCGAGCCAGCAUGGCCCAGGGGCUGACGAGUCUCCCCCUCGCUCCCUCGGUGUGUGCUGUGGUGAAGAAGCCCAAAAAGCUGGAGGAGAUCCCCCCUGCCACUCAAGAGACUGCUCAGAUGAGAAAGCAGUGUUUGGACCACCACCUCAAGCAAAUGGAGAUCUUGAAAGAAACUUUCAAGGAGUACCUGAUCGAGUUGUUUUUCCUGCAACAUCUUCAAGGGAAUAUGAUGGAUUUCUUGGCGUUUAAAAAGAAGCUCUGUAUGCCGUUGCAAGCGUACCUCAGGCAGAAUGACUUGGAUUUGGAGGAGGAGGAAGAGGAAGAGCAGUCUGAAGUGAUCAACGAUGAGGUAAAGGUUGUGACAGGAAAGGAUGGGCAGACUGGUACUCCUGUUGCUAUAGCAACCCAGCUUCCUCCAAAUGUUUCUGCUGCUUUUUCAUCCCAGCAGCAACCAUUUCAGCAGGUGCAUGCAGGGGCUCCAGUAACAGGAACGGUGAAUACCAUAGAAAUUGAAGCUUUUAAGAGACAGCAAGCACUUUCUUCAGCAGAUUCGUCUAAGAGACCACGAAUUGAAGUGGGCCGUCAUGGGAUGGUUUUUCAGCAUCCAGGCGUGGCUUCAGGAGUCCCUCUUCAACAGCUCAUGCCAACAGCACAAGGAGGGAUGCCUCCUACCCCUCAAGCGGUGCAGCUGACUGGGCAGAAGCAAAGCCAGCAGCAGUACGACCCUUCCAAGGGCCCUCCCGUGCAGAAUGCAGCCAGCCUCCACACUCCUCCGCCGCAGCUGCCGGGGAGGCUGCAGGCCACUGCCGUCCCCAUCGCGUCUCUCCCGGCCGCCCUGCAGCUCGCCCAGCAGCAGCCCCAGAUCACAGAAGCUCCGGGCCAGCCUCAGGCUCACGUGAAGGCCCCGCCUCAAACCAUAUCCGUCAGCCCAGCUGUGCCGCACAGCCAAGUUCAAACGCCGCUGCAGCAGCAGGUGCAGCCUGUGGCGCAUGCCCAAGGACCCAUUGUGGCACAAAUAUCCCAACCACAAGCUCCAGCCCAGCAGCAGACUGUAACCUUGGCGAGAACGUCCGUAGACUCUGUCCAAAAUUCCCAGCGUCUUCCAGUGAGCACCCUUCCUCCUACCUCAUCCAACCCACCGGCAGCCAUUUCCACUACGGCACCGCAGUCCACCUACCCGGCCCAGACCAGCCGCACCUCGCAGGCCACAAACAAGUCUGCAUCUCCUGUUGCCUCAAAACCCCCAGGCUUGGCAGUAACCGCUGCGCCCAAGACCCAGAGUUCAGCUCAGAAUGCGACCGUUCCGCCACAGGACAGUUCCCAAGAGAAGCUGGCGGAGCAAGUGAAACUGGAAAACCAAGUCCAUCAACGAAUAGCCGAGCUGCGAAAAGAGGGGUUGUGGUCUCCGAGACGGCUGCCCAAACUGCAGGAGGCCCCCAGACCCAAAUCUCAGUGGGACUACCUUCUGGAGGAAAUGCAGUGGAUGGCGACUGACUUCGCGCAGGAGCGGAUGUGGAAGAGGGCAGCGGCAAAGAAGAUGGUCCGAACUGUGGCUCGUUACCACGAUGAAAAGAAACUGAACGAAGAGAGAGCAAAGAAAGAGGAGCAGAACAAGCUCAGGCGUAUUGCUGCCUCGAUUGCAAGAGAAAUUGAGUAUUUCUGGUCUAAUAUUGAGCAGGUUGUGGAAAUAAAGCUGCAGAUUGAAUUUCAAGAGAAAAGGAGGAAAGCGUUAAAUUUAAAGAGGCGUUCAAGGAGAGGCAAAGAUGCAAGGUAUCUGGAAGAAAUUCUGUUGGAGAAAGAAAGUGACUUGGGUUCUUGGUCAUCCAGAAGGAAGAGAAAGGCAAGCACGUCGCUGACAGAUGAUGAAGUUGAAGAUGAAGAAGAGACCAUCGAAGAGCAAGAAAUGAAAGAAGGAAACGUAAACCAUCAGGUGGAGCUGUCCACUUUGGCCAAGGAAGCUGAACUGCCUUUGGACGAUUUGGUCAAGAUGUACGAAGGCGCCUUUGCUGAGAAUUUCCAUUGGCCCCAGCCGAAGCGUGACAUCGAGGAAGAGACCAGUGAAGAAGAAAUGGAAGACCUCGCCAGCGAAAGGGAGCUUCUGCCGAAGGAGAUUAUUCUGAUAGACUCCCUCCUCAGCAUUGACCAGUACAAGGGUGUAGAGAGAGCCAUCCCUACCAAGAAGCACGGAAGAGACAUAGCAGAAGUGGCGGCUGCAGCUGAAACCCUGUUGCCAAAAGGGAGUGCCCGGAUUACAACUGCUGUCAAAUACAACACCCCACCUCUUCUGUAUGGCUCCCUUCGAGAGUAUCAGAAGAUCGGCUUAGACUGGCUGGCAAAGCUGUACAAGAAGAAUCUCAAUGGCAUUUUGGCAGAUGAGGCUGGCCUUGGCAAAACAGUGCAAGUCAUUGCAUUUUUUGCACACCUGGCAUGCAAUGAGGGUGAUUGGGGCCCUCACCUUGUUGUUGUUCGGAGCUGUAGCAUACUGAAGUGGGAACUUGAGCUGAAGCGUUGGUGUCCCGGGCUGAAAAUCCUUCUCUAUAUUGGCAGCCAGCGAGAACUGAGAGCAAAGAGACAGGAAUGGCUGGAACCCAACAGCUUUAACGUCUGCAUCACCUCCUACAAGCAGCUUUUCAAAGGUCACCAGGCGUUCAUGAAAAUGCGGUGGAAAUACCUGGUCGUCGACGAGAUGCAACAGAUCAAAAACAUGACCGAGAAGCACUGGGAAGCUCUUCUCUGCCUCCGCAGUCAACAUCGCUUGCUCCUGAUAGACACACCUCUGCACAACACCUUGAUGGAACUGUGGACCAUGGUGCACUUCUUGAUUCCGGGGAUCUCCAAAGCUUACCUGGAUUUCCCGGUGAAAGCGGCCAAUGAGGAGAACCAGGAUUACUGCCACAAACUCGUCAUCAGGCUGCACAGAAUGAUCCAGCCGUUUAUUUUACGAAGGUCGAAGAGAGAUGUCGAAAAGCAGUUGACGAAGAAAUACGAGCACGUACUGAAAUGUCGGCUUUCGAACCGACAGAAAGCCAUGUACGAAGAUGUCAUAUUGCAACGGGGCACUCAAGAUGCCCUCAAAAGCGGGCAUUUUGUCAGCGUCCUUCAUGUUCUGAUGCAACUCCAAAAGAUCUGCAAUCAUCCUGACUUGAUAAAUCCCCGGCUUUCCAGCUCUUCCUACGUCUCGGACACGUUGCAAUUUAGAACUGCCUCCCUGGUCUUAAAAGCACUUGAACGUGACCUUUGGAAGGACACGGACCUGAGCCUCUUCGAUUUGAUUGGGAUCGAGAACAAGAUGACCCGGUACGAGUCACAGGUGCUGCCAAAGCAGAAGGUUACCCGGAAGCUCAUCGAAGAAAUCUACACCUCUCCUCCACCUCCCCCAAGACCCAAUCCGGUAAAGCUGAAGCCUAGCAGAUUAUUUCAACCGGUUCAAUAUGGACAGAAGCCGGAAGGCAGGAUUGCAGCAUUUCCAAGCGCUCAAGUGCAACGUGCGGCGACCACGGCAACGGUGGCUCAGCAGGGGCAAGUGCGGGGAAGGUCACCAGUAGCUACAGUGUCUGCGAAUCAAGCCGCCGCCACCACCGCACCCCAGGUUCAGACCUCUCAGGCUUCCGUCAAUGCUCCAAGACAGCAGGCAGCAGCAGCGACCUUCGCCGCCACGUCAUCUAGCCCGGCCCAUCCUGCCAAACUGCGGGCUCAGACCACUGUGCAGGCCUUACAGCUAGGCCAGGCCCCCACCACGCACACCAUCCAACAGAGUGUGCUGCCUCAGAGGCUGGUAUUGACCUCUCAGGCCCAGGCACGGUUGCCUAGCGGUGAAGUGGUGAAAAUAGCGCAGCUUGCUUCCAUUGCAGGGGCCCAGGGCAGGAUCGCGCAGCCGGAGACUCCUGUGACGUUGCAGUUCCAAGGGAACAAGUUCACCUUAUCCCACAGCCAGCUGCGUCAGCUCACAGCGGGGCAGCCUCUGCAGCUGCAAGGCAGUGUUCUGCAAAUCGUUUCCGCUCCCGGGCAGCAAUACGUGCGUCCUCAGACUCCGGUGGUGAUGCAGACGGUGUCUCAAGCUGGUACCAUUCAAAAUGCUCUGAACGCUUUGGGAAAUCAGCAUCAAGCCAACUUGCCGACUUCAGCGAUGACCCCUCAAAUGUAUGUUCCAGGUAGAGCAGUGGGUACUAAUUUAACAUCGGGGGACUCCACCUCUUCUUUGAAACCUGGCCUUCUCCACGGAGGACAUUCCCAGGAAUCAUUUGAGGAAAAGAACCGGCUUCUGAAGGAGCGCCUGGACAGGCUGUUUUCUUGCAACGAACGCCGCUGCUCCAGGGCGCCCGUCUACGGCAGAGACCUCGUGGGAGCGUGUUCGGUGGCGACCAACAGAAAGAUGCCUCCCCAGUUUUCCAGCGGGGUCAGCAAGUGGAGAUGGUCGGGCUUCGCAAACUGCCGCCUCUCUUCGAGCUCCUCCGGGGACUGCAGCGACCCACUGCGGGAGCUGAUGCAGAAGUUGGAGCGGCAGCAGGAGUCCCUGACUGACGCGGUUCACAGGGGGCUCUGCGUGCUGCCGGCAGCCGUGGCUGCACCUCCCUCUUUGCACGUGGCAAAGCUCCCCGCACUGUAUAACCACCGCCUGAAGCUCCUCAGGUGCCGUCUGAAAGAGGAGGCCUCGCCUUACCUGCACCAGCUGCAGCGGAUCACCCUUCCACAGUUGCUUCAGUUUCCCGACCUCCGGCUGGUGCAGUGCGACGCAGGGAAGCUGGAAGCCCUGGCCAUCUUGCUGCAGAAGCUGAAGCUGGAAGGGCGUCGGGUGCUGAUCUUGUCUCAGAUGAUCCUCAUGUUGGACAUCCUGGAGCUGUUCUUGAAUUUCCAUUUUCUCACCUACGUGAGGAUCGACGAGUACGCCAAUCAGGAAGAGCGCCAGGAACUGAUGAAGGCGUUCAACAGAGACAAGCGCAUCUUCUGCGCCAUCCUCUCCUCCCACAGUCGUUCCACGGGGGUCAACCUUGUCGAGGCCGACACCGUCGUGUUCUACGACAACGAUCUAAAUCCGGUGAUGGACGCUAAGGCUCAGGAAUGGUGCGAUCGAAUUGGCAGGUGCAAGGACAUCCAUAUCUACAGGCUCGUCAGUGGUAACUCAGUAGAAGAGAAACUCUUAAAGAACGGCACAAAAGAUCUGAUCCGAGAAGUGGCUGCUCAGGGAAACGACUACUCUAUGGCCUUUUUAACACAGCAAACGAUUCAGGAGCUCUUUGAGGUUCAUUCCCCAAUGGAAGACUCCGGCUUUCGAGUGAAAGCAGAAGAGUUUGUGGUGCUUUCUCAGGAGCCCUCUCCGGCAGAAACGAUCUCUCCCAAAGUCGCGAGGCCUUUCAUCGAGGCUCUCAAAAGUACAGAGCGAGAGGAGGAGGAAGAGUCCCACAGCCGCGUUGAGGAUAUGGAGACCGAAUCGACUUCGGAACCUCUCAUUUCGGAGCUCGGCAGGUCCCGGUAUCUGGACGAACCCUCUCAGCUUCAGGAGCUGGUUACCAUUGUGGAUCAGCUCACCCCAAUCGAAAAGUAUGCCUUGAAUUAUCUGGAGUUGUUCCAUAUUUCCACAGAUGACGGCGAAACAAAAGACAAUCAGGUGGAAGCAAGAACUGCGAAAAAGGCAUGGGAGGCCCAUCAUCUGAAGGAGCUGAAAGAGCACGAAGAGCGGAUGCUGUUGGGUGAGGAUGAGGAAGAACUCCUCACUUACACUCGGGAGGACGCCUACAGCAAGGAAUAUAUCUACGAAGGCCCAGAUGGACAAACAGAAAUCAUGCCACUUUGGACUCCCCCCACUCCACCUCAAGACGACAACGACAUUUACAUCGACUCUGUCAUGUGUCUGAUGUACGAGACUACCCCGAUCCCAGAAUCCAAACUCCCGCCCGUGUACAUUCGGAAGGAGCGCAAACGCCACAAAACGGAUCCAUCCGCUGCAGGGAGGAAGAAGAAGCAGCGCCACGGAGAGACGGUCAUCCCACCCCGCUCGCUUUUCGACCGGGCGACUCCGGGGAUGCUGAAGAUGCGGCGGGAGGGGAAAGAGCAGAAGAAGAACAUCCUCCUGAAACAGCAGACGCAGUUCGCCAAGCCCUUGCCCACUCUCGUGAAGCCGGCCACGGAGGCUGGCCAAGACAAUCCCGAAUGGCUCAUCAGUGAAGACUGGGCCCUGCUCCAGGCAGUCAAACAGCUGCUGGAGCUCCCUCUCAACCUUGCCAUCGUGUCCCCCGCUCACACGCCCAACUGGGACCUCGUCUGCGACGUGGUGAACUCCUGCAGCCGCGUGUACCGCUCCCCAAAACAGUGCCGCAGCCGCUACGAGAACGUCGUCAUUCCGAGAGAGGAAGGGAAGCUUAUGUAUGAAGCGAACCCUAAGAAGAAGACAAAAAGCAUUUAUAAGACGUUUAAUGAAUUAACCCCUGCAACGCCCCAUCAGACAAAGAACAGCCGCCCGCUUCGAACCAGUCAGCUGUACGCCCAGGACGAGGGCGCGACGCACACCCAGCUGUACACGAAUCACUUUGAGAUUAUGAAAAUGAUCGCUGGGAAGCGAAGCCCCCCAAUCAAGCCGCUGCUCGGUAUGAAUCCCUUCCAGAAGAAUCCCAAGCACACAUCUGUGCUGGCAGAGAGCGGAAUCAACUACGAUAAGCCCUUGCCUCCCAUUCAAGUGGCAUCUCUCCGAGCAGAGCGUAUCGCCAAGGAGAAAAAGGCUCUGGCUGAGCAGCAGAGGGCACAACAGCAAGCGGGUCCGCAGCAGCAGCAGCAGCAGCAAGCUGGCCAGCAACAAGCCCAGCAAGGAGCUGUCCAGCAGGCCCAGCCUCAGCCCCAGGCUCAAGCCCAAGCGGUCCAGCAGCCCCAGGCUGUGGUGCAGACAUCUGCUACCACGGCGGCCAACACUGCAGUACUGGCUGGUACAAUGAAAACAUCAGUGACUGGCACAAGCAUACAGACCGCUACUGUGAGUGGAAACGUGAUUGUGAACACCGUGCCCGGAGCCCCUGCAGCGACCUUUCAGCCGAUCAACAAACGGCUGGCAUCGCCUGUAAUCCCUGGGACGUUGGCAGCUUCAGGAGGCACAGCCACAGCCCAGGUGGUACACACCCAACAGAGAACAACCACCACACCUGCUGCCUCGGCAGAAUUGGUGACCAUAGCCUCAACUCCGGGGGUCCGAGCUGUCACCUCGGUGACGGCAUCGGCUGUGGUGACUACCAACCUGACCCCGGUUCAGACUCAGCCGAGAUCUCUGGUUACUCAGGUUACCCCAGCCACUCCAGCAGGCGUCCAGCUCUCGGGGAAGACACUAUCCCAGGCUCACUUCCAGAUCCUGCGGCAGCAGCAGCAGGCAGCAGCACAAGUCCAGGUCCCCCAGAUCCAGGGCCAAGCCCAGGCCCAGUCGCCGGCCCAGAUCAAAGCCGUGGGGAAGCUGUCGCAGAUGCUCAAGUUGCAGAAGCAGAAGCUGCAGCUUCCCCAGCAGCAGGCGGCCCAGCAGCAGGCGCAAGCGGGAGCCCCGCAGCAGAGCACGCAGGUCCAGGUGCAACAGCAGCAGCCCCAGCAGCUCACGGCAGUCGCGGCACCGAGGCCCGGGGCGGUCCUGACAGGCACCACCGUCACCAACCUUCAGGUCGCUCGCCUGACUCGUGUUGCUGCUUCCCAGCUUCAAGCCCAAGGUCAGAUCCAGGCCCAGACGCCGCAAGCGGCCCAGGUGGCUUUGGCGAAACCUCCAGUCGUGUCUGUGCCGGCUGCCGUGGUCUCUUCUGCAGGAGUCACCACCCUCCCCGUUACCGUCGCCGGGAUUAGCGUUGCUAUCGGGCAGCCACAGAAGGCAGCAGGAGGGCAGACCGUGGUGGCCCAGCCGCUGCAUGUCCAGCAGCUCUUGAAGCUCAAGCAUCACCACCAGGCAACCCAGCAGCAGAAAGCCAUCCAGCCCCAGGUUGCCCAAGGACAAAGUGCCGUUCAGCAAAAGAUAAACCCACAGCAAGUCACGGUCCAGGCACAACAGCAGACGUCACAGCAGCAAAAAGUCGCCUACGCCACGCAGCCGGCCAUCAAAACACAGUUCCUGACAACUCCCCUUUCACAGGCUCAGAAAACGGGUGGAACCCAGCAAGUCCCGACUCAAAUACAGGUCGCAAAGAUUCCUCAAGUGGUCUCACAGCAGGCAGCCGUGGCCAACAUUCAGCAAAUGGUGUCCGUUUCCCAGCAGGUUCAAGCUCAGCCGCAGACAGUGACCUUGUCCCAGACGACGGCAGGACAGCAGCAGGUCCAGGUGAUCCCGGCCACCACCGCUACCGCUCAAGUGGUCCAGCAGAAACUGAUCCAGCAGCAGGUGGUCACGACGGCGUCGCCCCAGAUCCAGGGCCCCGGGGUCUCCAACCCAGCCCAGGCACCGGCGCCUUCCGACAGCCAAACUCAGCCAGCCAAAGUGCAGAUGAGAGCCCCGGUCCGAUUAAAGGCACCCAACAAGCCUAGCUGAGCGUCAGGCGGGUUUCUCGCGAGGCCCACCUCUUCCGCGAGGCUGCAAGUCUUCUCCGUUUGUCCAGGAAGGCCUUGGGACAGCAGCUGCCGCUUCGGCAGCGAACCUCUUUCCUGAGCAAGAGCGCGUUUGGGGAAUCCUCGCUUCCAUGUCGUUCCAGCAAGAACACCCACCCGUUUUCCGUUUGCUUGUCCGAAUCGUAUAAGCGCGUCAAUCCUUUUUAAAGAUUCGGUCUUUGCUCAUUUCUACCCAGAUGUAACAAGGAGAUUGUUUUCGGGUUACCUGUAGAAUUUUGUCUGCGUAUUCUAGACAAUUGUCACUGCCAGAGGGGGAAUCUUAAUGUGAGUGGGGGCUUCUAAUGCCCUGAGUGGGCAGCGAGGACCCUCGAUAGCACUUGGCCAAACUGUCCUCUCUCUCUCUCUCUCGUCCCUUGGAAGCUGCAUUCUAAGCAAGCCUUUUGUCGAAUUUGUGUGUGUGUUUGGGGGCGUGGGGGUGGGGGGGAAGAGAGACAAAGCGAAAGCAUUCCCUGCUACUUUAGCCAAUAAAUGUGAAGAUUUUGUAAAUAUUUGUAAUUACAAACCCAUAUUCCAGGCUCCAUUGUUUUUGGUAAGUCUUUUUAAUGAAGCAUUUGCUAGUUUGAAUAUUUUUGUUGUUGUUUUUUUAAUUUGGUGUACAGUUUUUGGAAUCCCCCAUCCCUUCGGCUCUCGUUUUCCAUUUUUUUUUUCACAUGAUGAAUAUCGUAGGCAUGUGGGUUUUUGGAGAGGCAAAAAAAUAAUUAUACUGUGCGAUAGUGGCUGUGUGUGUUGAAUUGUAACUCCCCUUCCCCUUCUCACACCACCUCAAUUUGUAAAAGGAAACGCUCGAUUCAUAUUGCUUAGCAAAUGGCUUUUGUUGUCCUUGGUUUUUUCAUGGGGUAGGUCCCGAGGGAGGGUAAAGCAGAGCCCGGUCCAGCAUAAGUUCUGCACUUGCCUUUUGUUCUGCAUUUGCGGAUCCUGUUUUGAAAUGUUCAACGUUAACCCUUUUCUGUUCCGGAGGAAGAAAUGGAAAAUUUAAGUUUCGUUGAUCCUUCAGUUGAGUAAAGAAUAAGUUUGUUGUGUUUUGUACUAUUCCUUUUCUAAAGCUUUUUUUUUUUUUAAACCCUUUUGGGGAAGUAUUUUGAGUUGCUAAUUCUGCAAAGUGGUGCACAUUUCCGUUCCCUAGCAGGCCAGAAUAGCAGUAGCUUUUUGGCCUAUCUUUCUUUAUACUGUACAGAUUUGCUGAAAAGCAAAAGCGCCUUUCUUGGCUGUGAACUGGACAUUGCUCAGGGCCCUGAGUGGGUCUCCCCGCUUUGGCUGCUACGCUACACAGCAGGCUGUUAGGACAAAGAAGCAUGGGGCAUUCAGCCUGUGUGUUUUUAACAAGCAGCUUCCUUGAUGGGGGGGGAAAUGGGUUUUUAAAAACCUCUCUUCCCACCCAACUCGCAUUUAGCAAGAGAGUCUUGCGAGGUUACGUGGAAGUCUAAGGCCACGAUCCAAAAGAGAGGAGCACGCAUAUGCAGUGCAACCGCUGUGCACGGUCGGAGGCUGAUUCUCAGCCCCUUCUCCCGCAGCUUUUCACAGAACAGAAGGGCGGAGAGUUUUGAAAAGGAUGUUAGGUUUGUGCUUGUUUGCGUUUGGCUUGGUUUGUUAGAUUCUUCUUCCCAACGCUGUUUUCGAACCCUUGCGUUUCGGAGAGCUUCUGAUACACGGACCCUGGAGCAGUUAAGUCCAGAUGAUUGCAGACCACAGGACAGAAAACUGCCAGGAAGAUUUCCUUUGCAAGUGACAUGAAAUGAAGGAGCCUUUGCACAGAAGCAGAUUUUGAGAUUCAGCGCUGCUCCCAUUCGCAUCAAGCGAGACGUGCUCAGGAACGCAGCUCUCGAUAGAUUUCACCCUGUUUCUGUGUACGCUGUACUGACAUUCAUUUGUUUUAGUGUGUUAGGUAGACCUGGUUUUACUGCUGAUAUUGUUUUCUCUCUUUUAAAAAAAAUAUUCCUGCAUGAACUUAGCGUAACGUACAAAACAGAGGUACGCCCGCCCCCUGCUUCCACCCCACCAUUUGAUAAGUGUUCUGCUUUUGAUCGCAUCAGAGGCCAUUUCUGUUUCCCCAUACGGUGGAGAUGACAAUUUAGAUUUUUCCUCCUCCUCCCCCCUUCCUUUCUUCCUCCCUCCGCCUCCAAAGUGUGCUAGAAACUUGUAAAUACCUUUAUGAACAUAACACGUUUGUACUUGACCCAGUAGGAUUGUAAGGACUUGUGCUGUAUCCUACCUGAAGGUGUAAUAAAGUGUACAUUUGUAUAACA